GCUCUUUGUGCACCACCGAUUCUGGCGGUAAGCUCAUGUUCGUCAAUGUUGCCCCGGAGGAUCAUGAGAUAGUUGGCCCAAUGCUUCCUGGUACGGAUUCUGUUGUCACCUGCCAUACAUUGAGGACACAAGACAUGGUGUGGGAAGAGAUGUUCGUCGUCACAUCUCAUGAAAUAUGGGGUUCCAAUGCCUCUCUCUCAUACAAUGCUCUGAUGUUUCCUCUUGUGAGUGUGGCCAAGUCAAAUGAGCUAUACUUUCUAUUGCCUGAGAAAGGGGAGCGUGCAAUUGACAAGGUUUCGGUGAUUGGUGUUGAUACUAUUACCAAGCAUACGGAGAUUCAUCAGUACAUUAAAGGAGAGGAAGACCUCGGGGGUGAAGAUGAUGACAUGGUUAGGCGAAAGUCCCAUCUUCUCCAUCCCUUUGUUCCCUCCGAGUUUCCAAAGUUUUUCUGGCCUCACCAGUUAAGGUGUGUUGAAGACUACCAAGACGAAUUGACGAAAUCAAGCAACCAGGUCUCUGAUGGCUGUUGCUGUGUGAUGUAGGAGUGUAUUAGUCAUAUGAUCAGAUGGUUAGGUUCUUUGUGGUGGAACCAACCCAUCUAGUUUCAAGUCCCAGACUUCACAUGGAUGCUCUCAUAUUCCUGGAUUAAUUUCAGGCAUUCCGACAAUGUGCGUUCAGUGAGAGACGAUGUCCCUGUCGACUACGAGGUGCCUGCAGUGCCUCUGUCAAUCUCAAGAUUUGUCGGCCUCGGUCUCUCGGAGGUGCUCACAGGUGUGUGGUGUGUGUGUGUGUGUGUGCGCGCGCGCCCGCGCUCAUGGAGAUGGUGUACAUGCGUGUAUAUGACGAGUGUCUGCGUUUGUACAGUGUUUCCCAAAGAAAAACAUGCAGUGAUGGAUUUGGGUAUUGGAUUGUAGUAAUUGCCAAGCCUAUGGCAUGGGGUAACUGCCAGGUUAUCUGGGUGUUGAAUAUAUUAUCAUGAUCUGAUUAGUAA